UUCUUCUAUAUUGUGAAUCACACUAUCGUCCAAUUCUAAACCACUGGCUCUCCAAUUUACACACAAAUAUCCCUUUUUCACAACCAAUAUAGAACCAUCUAUCUCAGGCUUUAAGAGGCUAAUACAAAGAACAUCUACUUUUAUAUUCACAUAACAAACCACAUAUAGAUAAAGAUAUGGCUACUUCAAUUUCUGCAACUGGGUUUAAGGGCUGUGUUGGUUCCUCCUUCUAUGGAAGUUGGGGCACUUCUAUGGUUGGUGAAGAUUACACCAUGCUGACUAAGUCAGUGCCAUCACAAGUGCGCAUGGGAAGAGGAAAGCCAAUGAGGUUGCAACCGAUGAUGAAGAAUGUUAAUGAAGGGAAAGGUAUCUUUGCACCUAUUGUGGUUCUCACCCGUAACAUCAUUGGCAAGAAGCGUUUCAAUCAGAUUAGAGGCAAAGCCAUUGCCUUACACUCCCAGGUGAUUACGGAAUUCUGCAAAUCAAUAGGUGCAGAUGCAAAACAGAGACAAGGGUUGAUCAGGUUGGCCAAGAAGAAUGGAGAAUGGCUUGGCUUUCUUGCAUGAUAGAUUGAUAAACAAAUGUUCCCACAUUUUGUAAUUACCAUGUGAGGAAGUGUCAAGUUUAAACUUGAUGGUUUUCAAUUGACAGCAAAAUGUAAAACUAGGAGGAACUCAUCUCUAGUUGUGAUUUUUCAUUCUUAAGUAAUCCUUCUCUUAUUUUGUUCUCUAGAUACAUGAAAUAUUAUAAAACCAGAGCUUGUCUAUCAAUUCAACGGUGAUACAAGGAAAAAAAAACAAUGUUAUUAAUUUAUACAGCAUAUUUUUCACAAUUUUUU